GCGGCGCGAGGCACGCGGGGCGCGGCCGGAGCCCCGGGCCCGCCAUGGGCCGCCCCGAGCGGGGCGCGCUCCGGCCGCUGACGCUGCUGCUGCUGCUGCUGCUGCGGCUCCAUCAUCUCGCGGCAGCAGCGGCGGCGGCGGCGGAUCUGCUGAGCGGCGGCCAAGGGCCGGUCAAGGAGUGCGAGAAGGACCAGUUCCGGUGCCGGAACGAGCGCUGCAUCCCCUCAGUGUGGAGAUGCGACGACGACGACGACUGCUUGGACAACAGCGACGAGGACGACUGUCCCAAGAAGACCUGUGCUGGCACCGACUUCACCUGUGACAACGGCCACUGCAUUCCUGAACGGUGGAAGUGUGAUGGCGAAGUGGAGUGUUCUGACGGCUCCGAUGAGUCCAGGACCACCUGCACCAAGGUGGUGUGUCCCGCGGAGAAGCUGAGCUGCGGACCCAGCAGCCUCAAGUGUGUGCCUGCCUCGUGGCGCUGUGACGGGGAGAAGGACUGCGAGAGUGGAGCGGACGAGGCUGGCUGUGUCACCCCGUGCGCCCCGAACGAGUUCCAGUGCAGCAACCGCUCGUGCCUGGCGUCGGUGUUCCUGUGCGACGGCGACGACGACUGCGGCGACGGCAGCGACGAGCGCGGCUGUGCUCCCCGGUCCUGCGGGCCCCGCGACUUCCGCUGCGGCGGCGGCGGCGGCGCCUGCAUCCCGGAGCGCUGGGUGUGCGACCGCCAGUACGACUGCGAGGACCGCUCGGACGAGCUGGUGGAGCUCUGCGGCCGGGCGGGCCCGGGGGGCACGGCCGCGCCCGCCGCCUGCCCCACCAUCGCCCAGUUCGCCUGCCGCAGCGGCGAGUGCGUGCACCUGAGCUGGCGCUGCGACGGCGACCACGACUGCAAGGACAAGUCGGACGAGGAGGACUGCCCACUGAGGACCUGCCGUGGGGAUGAGUUCCAGUGCAGGGAUGGGACUUGUGUCCCUGCAGUCAAGUACUGUAAUGACGAACAGGACUGUCCGGAUGGGAGUGAUGAAGCUGUCUGCCUGCAUGAGUCAACAUGCGAGGGUCCCCUCAGAUUUCAGUGUAAGAGUGGCGAGUGCGUGGACGGCGGGAAAGUGUGUGAUGCUCAGAGGGACUGCCGGGACUGGUCGGAUGAGCCUCUGAAAGAGUGUGGGCUGAACGAGUGUCUGCACAACAAUGGGGGCUGCUCCCACAUCUGCACCGACCUCAAGAUUGGCUUUGAGUGCACGUGCCCAGAGGGCUUCCAGCUCCUGGACCAGAAGACCUGUGGCGACAUCAAUGAGUGCGAGGACCCAGAUGCCUGCAGCCAGAUCUGUGUCAAUUACAAGGGCUACUUUAAGUGCGAGUGCUACCCUGGCUACGAGAUGGACACACUGAGCAAGAACUGCAAGGCUGUUGCUGGCAGGACCCCAUCCCUAAUCUUCACCAACCGGCACGAGGUCCGGAGGAUAGACCUGGUGAAGCGGGACUACAUGCGCCUCAUCCCCAUGCUCAAGAAUGUCGUGGCGCUGGACGUUGAAGUCGCCACUGAUCGCAUCUACUGGUGUGACCUCUCCUACCGCAAGAUCUACGGUGCCCACAUAGACAAGGCCAGUGACCCCGCAGAGCAGGAGGUCCUCAUUGACGAGCAGCUGCACUCUCCGGAGGGCCUGGCUGUGGACUGGGUCCACAAGCACCUCUACUGGACUGACUCGGGCAAUAAGACCAUCUCAGUGGCCACAGUCGAUGGCGGCCGCCGAUGCACUCUCUUCAGCCGUGACCUCAGUGAACCCCGGGCCAUCGCUGUCGACCCCCUGCGAGGGUUCAUGUAUUGGUCUGACUGGGGAUACCAGGCCAAGAUUGAGAAGUCUGGGCUCAACGGUGUGGACCGGAAGACACUUGUGUCCGACAAUAUCGAAUGGCCCAAUGGAAUCACCCUAGAUUUGCUGAGCCAGCGCUUAUACUGGGUGGACUCCAAGCUGCACCAGCUAUCCAGCAUUGACUUCAAUGGAGGCAACAGAAAGAUGCUGAUUUCCUCUGCCGACUUCCUGAGCCACCCUUUUGGGAUAGCUGUGUUUGAGGACAGAGUAUACUGGACAGACCUGGAGAAUGAGGCCAUUUUCAGUGCAAAUCGGCUCAAUGGGCUGGAAAUCUCCACCUUGGCUGAGAACCUCAACAAUCCACAUGAUAUUGUCAUCUUCCAUGAGCUGAAGCAGCCGAGAGCUGAAGAUGCCUGUGAGCUGGGUGCCCAGCCCAACGGAGGCUGUGAAUACCUGUGCCUUCCCGCUCCUCGGAUCUCCAUCCUCUCUCCCAAGUACACGUGUGCCUGUCCUGACACCAUGUGGCUGGGCCCAGACAUGAAGAGGUGCUACCGAGUACCUCCAUCUACCUCAACUACGAUGUUAGCCUCUACCACCACAGGGACGGUAGACACCACCAUGAGAGCUCCUGGGACCACCGUCCACGGCUCCAGCUACCAGAACCACAGCACAGAGACACCGAGCCUGGCAACUGCAGCCCCAAGCUCAGUUGGUGUCCCCAGAGCUCCCAGCAUGAGCCCAUCCACCCCAAGCCCUGCAUCCAGCAACCACUCCCAACACUAUGGCAACGAAGGUGGCAAGAUAGGCUCAACAGUCACUGCUGCUGUCAUUGGGAUCAUCGUGCCCAUAGUGGUCAUAGCCCUGCUGUGCAUGAGUGGCUACCUGAUCUGGAGAAACUGGAAGCGGAAGAACACCAAGAGCAUGAAUUUUGACAACCCAGUAUACAGGAAAACAACUGAAGAAGAGGAUGAAGAUGAGCUCCACAUAGGGAGGACUGCUCAGAUUGGCCACGUCUAUCCUGCAGCAAUCAGCAGCUUUGAUCACCCACUGUGGGCAGAGCCCUGUCUUGGGGAGACCAGAGAACUGGAAGACCCAGCCCCUGCCCUCAAGGAGCUUUUUGUCUUGCCGGGGGAGCCAAAGUCACAGCUGCACCAACUCCCGAAGAACCCUCUUUCCGAUCUACCUGUCGUCAAGUGCAAGCGAGUGGCAUUAAGCCUUGAAGACGAUGGACUGCCCUGAGGAUGGGACCACCCCCUUCGUGCCUCAUGGAAUUCAGUCCCAUGCACUACACUCUCUGGAUGGUGUAUGACUGGAGAGAUGGGUUUCUGUAUAUGGGUCUGUGUGAGUGUGUGCGUGUGUGUGUAAUUUUUUUUUAAUUUAUGUUGCGGAAAGGUAACCACAAAGUUAUGAUGAACUGCAAACAUCCAAAGGAUGUGAGAGUUUUUAUAUGUAUAAUGUUUUAUACACUUUUUUACUGGCUGCACUACCCAUGAGGAAUUCAUGGAAUGGCUACUGCUGAAUGACUAACAUGAUGUACAUAACCAAACUGGGGCCAAUGGUACAGUAGUUUACUCAUCAUUUAAAAACUAUAUUUACAGAGAAUGUUUGGUUUGGGAGUUUCUUUUAGGUUUGGGGGUUUUGUUUUUUGUUUUUUUUGUAAAUAAAAUGAUUAUGCUUUGUGGCUAUCCAUCAACAUAAGUAAAAAAAGAAAUACUUCCAUCCCCUCCCCUAUUUAGAUUAUUUAUUAACAUAUUUCAAAAAUAAGACUGGUUCUAUAAAUAAUUUAGAGAAGCAAGAGUAUCUAUUUUUGGUAUGCUUGGCCCACCAUGCAGACUCUGUGUGUGUGUGUGUGUGUGUGUGUGUGUGUGUGUGUAUGUGUGUGAAAGAGAAAAAUCUGUAGAGAAGAGGGCGUACCUAUGGCUAUUAUUCAAAUACAUAAAGAUAAAUAUAUUUUAAAUAACAAUCCACAAAAUGGGUAUCUGCAGUUUUCAGAGAAGCCUUGGAAAUUUGGCCCAGAAAACAGAUACCGUGGAUUGUGCAAACAUCUUAAUGGAAGGGGCAGAUCUUUUCUACUUCUGGCUGUUCCUGAGACUCCAGUCAGUCAGGAAAAGCCUUUCAGCUCGCCCGUGGCUGCUGUGGCUCCUACCUGGGCUUUCUCCUCUGUGGCUAAGGCCAGUGCACAGGCUCUGCACAGUGCCAGAAGCACUUGCGAGCACAAGUCAAACCAUGCCAGGAUCUCAGCUGCAACUAGUGUUAAAGUCCAGCAAUUUGAGUAACUUCUUUAAUUUCCAUCAGGAUACUUGGGUUGAAAUCAGUACGCUUCCUCUGCAGCACCUUGAAGGAUGCCAGCCUUACUUACAGAGCUAAGUGGAGAACGUUUCUGGGACUGUCCAAGUUCGCCCUAGGGACAGGCUCAGGCACUGAACAUCUGAGACACACUGUGGAUGAGAACAAGGAUGGUGGAAUAGGUUUUAUUACAUUUCUUACUUCUCCCUUUUACUUUCUACCAUUUCCUUUAAGUGAUGAAAAGGUAUUUCAAAGUAUUAAAAAGGUCUUCUUACUAUCAUAUGUUCAUAUAAAAGAAACUAAUUUGGGCUUAAGUCAAACGAAGUGGCUAAACCUAAAGUCAUAGUUGAGAUGUGGGGGAGCAAAUGGCAUACACAAUAUCAGAGUAUAUUGGACAUACGUGGUUACACAGGGAUUUAGUUUACUGCCUAGUAAAUAAAAGGAAAUACUCUGGGUAUAUGUAUAGAUUUUUUUUUCAUUUUGGACACUCUCUUUGCUUUUCCUGGGCCAGAUGGUGGGGCAGGGAGAAGUGCUGUUUUCUCUUUGUGGGGAUCUACCAUUGGAAACAUAAUUCUGCAGUCUCAGAAGGAAUUCAGUUCCCACUGGCUCUCUCAUCCAAGGCGUGGCCUUUUCUUAACUCUUUCUCUGCUGUUCUGCCACUUCACUCCCAACUUCACUGGACAACUAGAGACAAGGUGUGACAUGAAAGUAUUUAAUGUAAGUAAGGGCAGAGGACACGCAUUUAACCUUAACAUACCUGGAACUUGACACAUUUAAGCGAAGGCCCUCCUGGCCCCAACUCAGUGAAGCUUGGAUGUCUCACCAGCUUGAUUCUCUCCUGAAUUUCCAGGCAGACAUUGAGGCGUUCUAUUGCCCUGUUCCUAGGACCUUUCUCUGGCACUGUGGUCUCGUAACCUCUGAGAAAACAACUGCGUUCUGGAGCCUGGGCACAUAAAAUGUAUCCCCGUGAUAUGCAUGUGUUGAUAGUCCAGAAACAUUAAUUGAGAGGGCAAAUGCAAAAGACCUAGAAUGAUCAAUACCAAACAGAAUUUUAAGAACAGGUGACCAACUCCUAUGGAGCUUAAUCAUUUACUACUAUUCUUUCAAGAAUGGAAAGUAAAAUUAUUUUUGACUGAAGAACAUUGGAAUUUACAAGUGACUUGCCUGUAACUGGCUUACAAAGAAAUCAUCUGAAUUUCCCAGGUUAUUAAUUGACAGCAGUGACUAAUGCAUAGUUUCUAAACUUUCAGUCAGAUCCUGGUCUUCCCAGAAAAAAAAAUAAAUAAAUGAGAUCAGAACGAUACAGCCUGAGAUCUCAAAAUGAUGAUGAAACUCACAACUUUCUCAGAGACUUCCAUGUUUCCUGAAUAUGCUACAACUGCAGUUUGAAAGAGGGCUGCUAUGGGAGCAACUUACAAAAAACAAAUUGUGAAAUCCUCAUGUGUUGGAUGGCAGUAAAUAGGAUGAAAUUGGAGGAGUCAGGUCCACCCUUCCUUUAUGCCCAGUACCUCCCAGAAAAGUACAAAAUCAACAUCUCAUGUGUAAAAGGUUCCUGCAAAACAGGGAGAAGAUACAUGUUGGGAAAACUGGACUUCCUAAUGGGACAUUCUUUACAUUUUGGAGGUUUUUGAGGCUCAUUUUGAGGUGUAGUUUAUUUUGCUGCCUGUUGCCCCUCCCCCAUGCCCAUCACAUAUCUACAGCCAGUAAUGAAUCAUACAAUCAUUGGACUGUAGAGCUGGAAGAAGUCUCAGAGAUAAUGUCAGGAGGGCAGAAAAUGAAUUUAUCAUAUUUUCUCCAUUUAAAAAAGAAGCCAUACCCAGUACUUUUCCCCUCUCCUUCAGACUACUUGGGGCUGCCUGGACAUUGUUUCAAAUCUGGUACCUAUUGUAGGCCUAUCUACCCAGUGGAAUUCUGAAGGCCUUCCAAAAACAAGGCAAACUAAAAUUUUAUUUAUUUACUCUCAAUAGCAUGAAUAUUUAUAAAACAGGUUGACCUCACCUGGCUACAAGAAGAUGAGAUGGUAUUUAAAUUUAUGGCAAUAAGUGCUAUUGAUCCCUGUGGUUCUAUGCGAUUACAAUAAGGUCAUUCACUUUAAACUAUUUGCUAGAUACCAACUGUGUGCCAGACACUGAGAAUAUAAAUCUCAAUCUAUCCCUGUCCUUAUGGAGCUCACAGUUGCUAAGGGAAGACACGUGGAAACAAAAAAGUGAUAAGAUUCUAUUCAGAAUAGAGUACUGUUGGGAUGCAAAGAAGAGGUCAUUUUUACCUGGGGAGAUGAGAAAUGGGGUCAAGAAUGGCAUUAUAGGAGAAGCGUCCUUAAGCUAAGUCAUACAAAUUAAGUAGGGGUGUCUGGGCUGCUUCAGGCAGAGGAAACACUGAGCUAAGACAGAUGCAUGAAACAUUGUGGGAAUGUUAAGGAACUGUACAUGUUGAUUAUAGUUGGAGCAUAAAGCUCAAGGGGAAUUUACCAUGAAAUGAGGCUCGAUGGAAAGACAGGUUCAAUGUAAGCACUUUAUAAAAUACUUCUGUUUAGUUUCUGAUUCAAUUAAGCAAGGCUUUCUUGAUCAUUGAUUAUGUACAAGGCACCAAGUGCAUCAUGGACAAUUUGCCAGAAUGCAUUGCCAGCACUUUGCAGACAUGACAUUGUGCAGCCUCAAGCUUUCUAGUGGCCAAAGGGAAAUCUUGACUGCUUUUCAUAUCUUGAGUUUUGAUGUGGUCAAUGAGAACUAAUAUAAGGGCAGUGGGAUUUUCACAGAAACAUUCCAUCUUGUUAAGAGCCUCUGAGAUUUUCUCAACCAUGAAACAAAGAAAACUGGGAGUUUGAAAGUAUGGAAUCUGGAGAGGGGAUGCCAAUCAUUCUCCAGUCACAUGCUGGUGGGAAUGGAGGAAGGGCACAGUAAGGUGAACCUCCCUCCUCCACCACCUAACUCCAGCCAUAGAAUGUAAAUGAGUUAGUAACAGUUUCAGAGUAAAUAAUUUCCUUUCCCAUCAAUGCAUGAAUGUAGAGUAUCAGAGUCUUCUCACGCUAUUUUUUAGGGUAUUAGGGAUUUUCAGGGUAUGGAGAAUUUAGAAGGUGGGGGAAUUACAGCUUCAAAUUUUCAGUUACUGUAAGAAAUCAGGAAGCUCUGUUCAUUCAGGCUAUGCACCAUGUGCACAGUCAAGAAUCUGCAGAAACCCUCUGCAUUUGCAAACACUUUGUGCUAUAAAAAGUAAUAUAGAAAAAAGCCACCUGUAUAUAUAUUUAAAGACAUGAAGGUUUUGAUACUUUUUUACAAAAACUACAAGAGAAAACAUCACUGCACAAACCGUGUGCUUUAAUAUGGUGUUUUCUUCUAUACAAGCUAUUGUUAUUUUGAGGGUGAAGUAUUGGUUUGAAAACUCCAUCACAUUGUGCCCAAAUGGAUUUUUCUUAUUUGUCUUUUUUUUUUCCCUAUCCAAAUUACCGUCUUUGAUGUAACAGGCAUGUUAGAAUGUGGGGUCGCCCUAACGCUUUCUGCUCUUUUCACCUUGUCAUUCCAAGUUCGGUUACCUUCUGUACUCAGUGCAGUCUGGUUUCUCUUCCAGAGGGAAAGGGACUGAGGGUGGUUUGCUGCAUUUCACUAGCUGUACUGGAAUCAUCCUGAUGAACAGAAAACCAAAUGUAGACAUUUGUAAAAUCAGUGCCCUGUUUCU